CUCAUCCCGAUUAAAGGCUGCAGAAUGUCGGAAAUUGUGGACACCGAGCUGCUGGUCAACUGCACCAUCCUGGCGGUGCGGCGCUUCGAGCUGAACAGCAUUGUCAACACCACGCUCCUCGGCAGCCUCAACAGAACCGAGGUGGUCAGCCUCCUGUCGAGCAUCAUCGACAACCGGGACAAUCUCGAGAGCAUCAACGAGGCCAAAGACUUUCUAACCGAGUGCCUGUUUCCAUCGCCGACACGGCCGUACGAGUUGCCAUGGGAGCAGAAAACGAUUUGGGCCAUCAUUUUUGGCCUGAUGAUGUUUGUGGCCAUCGCCGGGAAUGGUAUUGUUCUCUGGAUUGUAACAGGACAUCGCAGCAUGAGGACGGUCACAAAUUACUUCCUGCUGAACCUGAGCAUCGCCGACCUGCUGAUGUCGUCGCUCAACUGCGUCUUCAACUUUAUAUUCAUGCUGAAUUCGGAUUGGCCGUUCGGAUCGAUUUAUUGCACAAUCAACAAUUUCGUGGCCAACGUGACGGUCUCCACCUCGGUCUUCACCCUCGUGGCCAUAAGUUUCGAUAGAUACAUCGCCAUUGUGCAUCCGCUGAAGCGCCGCACGUCGCGUCGGAAGGUGCGCAUCAUCCUGGUCCUGAUCUGGGCCCUCAGCUGUGUGCUGUCGGCGCCCUGUCUGCUCUACUCCAGCAUCAUGACCAAGCACUACUACAACGGCAAGUCGCGGACUGUUUGCUUUAUGAUGUGGCCUGAUGGACGGUAUCCCACUUCGAUGGCGGAUUAUGCAUACAAUCUGAUCAUCCUGGUACUGACAUACGGCAUUCCCAUGAUAGUAAUGCUUAUCUGCUACUCCCUGAUGGGUCGAGUCCUCUGGGGCAGUCGGUCGAUUGGCGAGAACACGGAUCGCCAGAUGGAGUCCAUGAAGUCCAAGCGGAAGGUGGUGCGCAUGUUCAUCGCCAUCGUGUCCAUCUUCGCCAUCUGCUGGCUGCCGUACCACCUGUUCUUCAUCUACGCCUACCACAACAACCAGGUGGCCUCCACGAAGUACGUGCAGCACAUGUAUCUCGGCUUCUACUGGCUGGCCAUGUCCAACGCCAUGGUCAACCCGCUCAUCUACUACUGGAUGAAUAAGAGGUUCCGGAUGUACUUCCAGCGCAUCAUCUGCUGCUGCUGCGUGGGCCUCACCCGCCAUCGCUUCGACUCGCCCAAGAGCCGGCUGACGAACAAGAACAGCUCGCACCGGCACACUAGAGGUGGGUACACCGUCGCCCACUCUCUCCCCAACUCCUCCCCCCCGACCACCCAGACUCUAGUGGCCGUCCAGGCCCAGGCCCAAACCCAGACUCAGACACAGACCCUCUUGCCUCACCACCACUCACCACUCCCCCCGCAACCUUCCGCAGCGGAGACCAAGAGUCAGUGGAAGCGCAGCACGAUGGAGACGCAGAUCCAGCAGGCGCCGGUCUCCAAUUCUGGCCGGGAUCAGCGGAUGCGGGAUGGCUAUCCCUCCCAGGCGCAGGCGGGCGUCGCAGGCGGACCCAAUCGGGCGGCCGUCGAGUGCAUCAUGGAGCGACCGCUGGACGGGAACAGCUCGCCCCUUUGCCUGUCGAUCAACAACAGCCUCGGCGAGCGGCAGCGCUUGAAAAUCAAAUACAUCUCCUGUGACGAGGACAAUAAUCCCGUGGAGCUCAGUCCCAAUCAGCUGUGAUGUUGCCCGGAUUUGUCCUGUCACUGGAACGGAACGUGAAUCUCGGCCAUCGCCUCGUUUCGCCGCGGGGAAAUGCAAUUUGCCGCUGCUUACUCUACUCUGUACAUACACCCGCUCCCAGAGAAAUAAGAAACAUGUUUGCUUAGCAGGGUGGGUCGAUCUGGAGACCGGGAAAAUACACUUUUCGCUUACCUUUAGUAUUUAGUAGUACCAAUAAGAUGUCUAGAGAUUUAGUAUAUAACUUUUAACGUAAAAGAAAUAUUUUUAUAAGUACAUCAAUAACUAGAAAAUAAAUUUAUUUUUUUAUAGGUUCAAAUUAAUUUUACUCUUUUUUAUUCUAUCAAUCUCUUCUAUUUUGGACUUAAUCCCAGAAAAAAAAAUUGUUUAGCCUCGAAAAGUAUAAUAUAAUCUUUAUAUUAUUCAUUUAAAUUUUUCAUUUUACGACUUUGUUUUUAAAUCGUAGCCCCAUAUAUCUUUCACCUGUGGUGUUUAAUUUUAUACUUCAUCCCUCGAAUCGACCCACCCUAAUGCAAAAUUGAAUUUCCGGUUGUCAAAAGAAAAUACUUCAGCAAGAAGAAAAACCUUAACAAUAAAUUGAAUUUGUAUGUAUUUGUAUAGGAGAAUCUAUCGACACUUUAACCAUCGAAGAGCUGUAAGUUUUAACUGUUGUAAACAUCUAGGCUAAGCCAAGUUGUAAAUACAUUCCGGGUAUAUCUGAUAGAACUGUAUCUGCGUAUAUGUUUGUGCUAUUCGCUGGAGUAAAUCAUUAAACGAGCCAUGGAAUUUCUCACUCUAAGCUGUUUAAUGCUCGUUUCGUUAAUAGAAAAACGAUUGGUGUUAUUGGUUUUGGUUUUUGUCAACGCCAUCUGUAAAUAUAU